CUCCUGUUGACUCCGGGUUCUGGUGGAUCAUUCUUCUCCGUGCCUACACGAAAUCCACCGGGGAUUUGUCCCUGGCCGAGACACCAGAAUGUCAAAAGGGAAUGAGACUCAUACUAUCUCUGUGUCUGUCAGAAGGGUUUGAUACCUUCCCGACAUUGCUCUGCGCCGAUGGAUGCUGCAUGAUCGAUCGAAGAAUGGGUGUGUACGGAUACCCGAUCGAGAUCCAAGCCCUCUUCUUCAUGGCCCUACGUGCAGCACUGUCCAUGCUCAAACACGAUACCGAGGGCAACGAAUUCAUGGAGCGAAUCGUGAAAAGCCCCCACGCGCUCAGCUUCCACAUGCGAAGCUACUUCUGGCUGGAUUUCCAGCAGUUGAACGACAUAUACCGGUACAAGACAGAGGAAUACUCACACACGAGAACUUCACGGUUAAAUUUUUGUUUCCAAAAUCAAAUGUUUGUAAGAUAUAAUCAAUGA